AUGGCAUCAGGGGAUGUCGCGUUAGUACGCGGGGAAGUCAAGGCAUGGGAGCGUAGUUUCUACCAGGAGAACGGGAGAAACCCAACUGUAGAUGAUAUACGCGCUAAUCAACAAAUUGCAAACAAAUAUAGACUGUAUAAGAAGUUGUCUAAAGCAACCUCUUCGGUGAACCCUGACUCUAACCGUAGAUCAAGCUCUACACGGCCGUCGACACCUCCGCGGAAGACUGAACCGUCUUCGUCUGUGAUAUCCAAAUCACGGGCUCUCGAAACCACCUCUGCCUUGUCCACCUAUAACCCUUUCUCUCCUCAAAAGAACAAAGAGAAACAGAAGGCACCUGUAGGCAAUGUGUCACUGAUUCUCUCCAAUCCGUUUGCUACUCCUUCAAAAGUUAAACCAAAGGCUCGUGUACGAGAGCCGUCUCCCUCGCCUAUUCAUGAAACAAUACCCGCACUGUCAACAUUACGACCAUCAGCAUCAGAAACUCCUACUGGCAUUGUGCGCGCGCGUAAGCGCUUGCGUGGUGAGCCUGUAUCACCUUCCCCAAACAAAGACAAACGGCGUCGCAUGCUAUCUCGCACGAAUAUGUCCCGGCGAGGCAGUGGCUCUUCGAACGGCAGAGAAGAUGAUGAGGAAGCUGGCAAUUCUUCUUUUGUCGCGGACUCGCCGGUCAAGGGCUCCAGUAGCAAGUCGUUCAUGUCUCUUUUUGAAGACGCGUCUACCGAUCCCAAGGUGAAAACCGCGUUGACGCGCACGAAAUCUACCUCCGCCUCCGUGGGAUUGUUUGGUCCAUUACGUAGCCAAUCGGUACCCUUCGAGGACGACUUCGAAAGUAUUUUAGGUCCAGUUGAAGGGAAACUCAAAUCUCGACUCAGAACGACUGCCAACGGCAUACCUUUCUCAAGUGGAUUAGUUCCCAAACCGAAGAAAGACGGAUUAUAUUUGAUGCAAGAUCCUAUCCCGCAGCCGUCUCAUGCACACACAGUUGAAAAAUACUCUAUAAACGAUCGAAUAUCAAGGAAACGACAGCCUGACUCAGAAAGCGAUUCUGAACAGUUGAAUCUGAACCCUUUGACCUCGGCGACAAUUCUUAUCCCUCCUUCCCCUCCAAGAGAAGCACCCCCUCAGAGAUCAGUUGAUGUGUCGUCUAACAAGGGAAAGGGGAAAGCAUUUUCUCGCAAAAAGACCAAGCUCGACGAUGGUGAUGAUAUGGAUAGCCUCAGUGUCAAUGUCAAAGUCUUACCUAUUGUAUCCCGUCCCUCACGUGCGUCAGACGAGGAUCGUGAUUUGGAUGCCGGUCCCGAAUUCGAUUCUGUGCACUGGUAUAAUCGUCGGGUCGAGCCUCCCCGAGUUGACAACGGAGAACAUACCAGUAACACGUUUGAAGUCGAUCUCCCUGAAAAGCUCAAACGUGUGUUAGCUUUUUCGUCAUCCGACAUAGAGAUGCGUCAUAUUCAGGAAGAACAAGUCGUGGAGAGUUUGAUAUAUGGACGACGUAGAGGUCAUUACGAACCUUCCAAAGGAGGUGAGAUCUGGGACGUUGGGGAUACUAAUGCCGUGGGUCUGCACGAAGAGGCUGGUGACAUGAAAGCUAUUGCUGAUGAAGAUUGGGAAGGGGAACCCGUUCCUUGGGAGGUUGGAGAACUGUAG